AUGCUGCUCGGGGGGUCUGCAGUGAGCCUGCACCGGGACCUGGAGGAAUUCACCAGGGAACUCCGGGCCACCCUGUACAGCACUGAUGACACCUGGCGGCUCUGGAAUGUCACCAAUGAUGAUAUUAACCCUCUUACCUCCCUGAGCCAGGCCCUGGCCACCUAUGACAGCAACCCAGGGACUCCCCAGAAGUGUGUGAUAUGGCCGUUCCUCAGAUGGCAGAUGUCACUGGGAGGAAUUGAGAAAAGCUGGGCCAAGCUGGCCAAGAAAGCAACCAAGCUCCACAAGACCUGCAGGGAGGUGGUCACUGAGGUGGCCUCUGAGGAGGCCACUGCCACCACCCGGGCAAGAGAGCUGCAGGACGAGGCUGCCCGUUAUGCGACACCUCAGGAAAAUAUGGUGGAGCCAGGUCAGGCCCUGGGCGGGGAGGAGGGGGCCGAGAUGGUGGCCAGGCAUGAAGCCCAGUUGUCCCACCUGCCCAGGGACAUGGAGGACACCCUGGAGGGGAGAAAGAAGGAGUUCUCCUAUGGCCCCGAGGCCUUGGUGGCCAAGGCUGCCCUGGCCAAGCGGCUGUGGGAGGCCAGCGCCCGCCAGGCCAUGCGUCACCUGGUGAGGACAUUUCCAGACGCCAUCAAGUUCUUGUUCACUGGUGGUCCCACCAGCCCCAGUGCCUGUGGGGUGGCCAAGCGGUGCCAAAGAGCCAUCGAGGACAUCCCAAGGCUCCUUCAAACUCCGGAGUGUCCCCAGAGUGUCCCCAGGGAGUCCCCAGUGAGCAUGGAACUCCAAGAGCUGUCCCCGGCCCUACUGCAGCCACAGGUCACCGUGGUGGCCACCCUGGGUGAGCUGCUGGACACCGUGCCCAGGCGAGACAAGGAGAUGAUGCUGCUUGGGUCUGCAGGGAGACUGUACCAGGACCUGGAGGACUUCACCAGGGACCUCCGGGUCACCCUGUACUGCAUUGAGGGCACCUGGUGGCACCGCAAUGUCAUCUCUGAUGGUGAUAACCCUGUAACCUACCUGAGCCAGGCCCUGGCUGCCUACAAGAGCACCCCAGGGACCCCCCGGAACCGUGUGACAAUGGCAGCCAGCAAGUGGCACAGGUCAGCGUAUGCGCUCGUGAACAGGUGGGCCAAGCUGGCCGAGAAAGCCACCAAGCUCCAUGACACCUGCAGAGAUUUGGCUGCCAAGGCGGCCACCAAGGCAGCCACAGCUACCGCCCGGGCCAGGGAGCUGCAGGACGAGGCUGCCCGUUAUGGGAUAGCUCAGGAAAACAUGGUGGAGCUGGGUCAGGCCCUGGGCAGGGAGGAGGGGGCCGAGGUGGUGGCCUGGCGUGAAGCCCAGAAGAGGAUAGAGGCCAUGGUGGCUGCCAGAGAGGCAACAAGGGCCACCAUGGUGAGACAGCGGCUGGAGGCGGCCCUGGGGCUGCUGGAGCGCUUGGUGGCCGCAUGUGACGAAGCCUCCGCGUUGCCCCGGGAGCUGCAGUGGCGGCUCAAGUACACUGAGGCCACCCUGAAGGGUACAAAUGAGGCAUCCCUCGAUGUCCCCGAGGACUUGUUGGCCCAGGUUCCCAUGACCGAGCGGCUGUGGGAGGCCAACAUCCACCUGGCCAAGAGUCACCUACUGGGGACACUUCAAGACAUCAUCAACUUCUAUUUCACUGGUCGUCCCUCCAGCCCCAGUGCCUGUGAGGUGGCCAAGCAGUGCCAAAGAGCCAUGGAGGUCAUCCCAAGGCUCCUUCAACACCCAGAGCAUCCCCAGAGUGUCCCCAAGGUGUUCCCAGUGAGUAUGGAUCUCCAAAAGCUGUCCCCAGGCCUGCUGCAGCCACAGAUCACUGUGGUGGCCACCCUGGGUGAGCUGCUGGACACCCUGCCCAGGAGGGAUGAGAUGCUGCUGCCCGUGUCCGCAGGGCGCCUGUACUGGGACCUGGCGGACUUCACCAGGGACCUCCGGGUCACCCUGUACUGCGUUGAUGACACCUGGUGGCGCCGCAAUGUCACCUCCAAUAAUAAGGAUCCCGACACCCCCCUAAGCCAGGCCCUGGCAGCCUGGGAGAGCACCCCAGGUAUCACCUGGAAUGAUGUGACAAUGGUGGCCAGUGAGUGGCAGGGGAUGGUGUCUGUGCUUGUGGACAGGUGGAGCCAGCUGGCAAGUGCAGCCACCAAGCUCCACAACACUUGCAGAGACGUGGCCGCUGAGGCGGCCGACAGGGUGGGCACAGCCAGGGAAUGGCAGGACAGGACUGCCAUUUUUGCACCAGCUCAGGAAAACAUGGGAGAGUUGGGUCAGGCUCUGGGCAAGGAGAAGGAGGCUGAGGAGGAAGACACCUAUAAAGCCCAGAAGAGGAGAGAGGCCAUGGUGGCUGCCAGCGAGGCAACAAGGGCCACCAUGGUAAGACGGCGGGUGGAGGCGGCCCUGGGGCUGCUGGAGCGCUUGGUGGCCGGGUGUGACAAAGCCACCGCGUUCCCCCGAGAGCUGCAGCGCAGGGUUUGGAAAAUCAAGACCACCCUGAAGGGGACAAAUGAGGCAUCCUCCAAUGUCCUCGAGGACUUAAUGUCCAAGGUGGCUGUGGCCCAGCGGCUGUGGGAGGCCAACGCCCACCUUGCCAAGGAUCACCUGCUGGGGGCAGUUCCAGACACCAUCAAGUUCUUGUUCAAUGGUGGUUCCAACAGUGCCUGUGAGGUGGCCGAGCGGUGCCGAAGAGCCAUCGAGGAUAUCCCAAGGCUCCUUCGACCCCUGGAGCAUUCCCAGAGUGUCCCCAAGGUGUCCCCACUGUCCCCGGCCCUGCUGCAGCCACAGGUCACCGUGGUGGCCAUCCUGGGCGAGCUGCUGGCCACCCUUCCCAGGCGGGACGAGGAGAAGAUGCUGCUGCUGAUGCCCCCAGGGUGCUUGCACAGGGACCUAAAUGAAUUUACCCAUCAGCUCUGGGGAACCAUGGAGUGCACUAAGGGUGUCUGGUACCACUGCAAUGUCACCUGCAGUUAUGGUGACCCUGUCACCUCCCUGAGCCAGGCCCUGGCAGCGUACAAGAGCACGCCAUGGACCACCUGGUUCAAUGUGAGAAUGGCGGCCAGUGAGUGGCACGAGUCAGUGUCUCUGCUUGUGGACAGUUGGGCCGAGCUGGCCAGGAAGGCCACCAAGCUCUGCAAUGCCUACAGGGAGGUGGCCACUGAGGCAGCCUCUGAGGAGGCCACCGCCACCGCCCGAGUGAGAAAGCUGCAGGAGAAGGCUGCCCGUUAUGGGACAGCUCAGAAAAACAUGGGGGAGCUGGGUCAAGGCCAGGGCAGGGAGGAGAGGGCUGAGGUGGUGGCCUGGGAUGAAGCCCAGGUGAGGAGCAUGGCCAUCAUGGCCGCCACCCAGGCAACAAGAGCCACCAGGAGGAGACAGCGGGUGGAGGCGGCCCUGGGGCUGCUGGAGCGCUUGGUGGCCGCGUGUGACGAAGCCACCGCGUUCCCCCGGGAGCUGCAGCACAGGGUUGGGGACAUCAAGGCUGCCCUGAAGGGGACAAAUGAGGCGUCCCCCAAUGUCCAUGAGGACUUGGUGGCCAAGGUGGCCGAGGUCGAGCGGCUGUGGGAGGCCAAUGCCCACCUGGUCAAAGGUCACCUGGAGGGGGCAGUUGGAGACAUCUUCAAGUUCUAUUUCGAUGGUAGUCGCGAUAGCACCACUGGGGUGGCUGAGCGGUGCCAGAGAGCCAUCAAGGACAUCCCAAGGCUCCUUCGAUCCCGAAAGUGUCCCCAAGGUUUCCCCAAGGUGUCCCCAGUGAGCAAGGAGCUGCAAGAGCUGUCUCUGGUCCUGCUGCAGCCACAGGUCACCGUGGUGGCCACCCUGGGGGAGCUGCUGGCCACCCUGCCCAGGGUGGACGAGGAGAUGCUGGUGUUCAUGUCUCCCGGUUGCCCGCACUGGGUUCUGGAGGAAUUCACCAAUGAGCUCUGGGCCACUAUGAACUGCAUUGAUGACACCUGCAGGCGCCACAAUGUCACCUCCAAUGAUGAUGACCCUGUCACCUCCCUGAGCCAGGUCCUGGCCACCUACAAGAGCACCCCAUGGACAACCCGGAAGCGUGUGACAAUGGCAGCUAGUGAGUGGCAGGGGUCGGUGGACGCGCUCGUGAAAAGCUGGGCCCAGGUUGCCAGGAAGGCCACCAAGCUCUACAACACCUGCAAGAAGGUGGCCACUGAAGCGGCCAAAAGAGCGGCCACCACCACCACCUGGGCCAGGGAGCUGCAGGACAAGGCUGCCCGUUAUGGGACAGCUCAGGAAAACAAGGGAGAGCUGGGUCAGGCCCUGGGCAGGGAGGAGGGGGCCAAGGUGAGGAGAGAUGCCGUGGUGGCUGCCAGCGAGGCAACAAGGGCCACCAUGGUGAGACAGCUGAUGGAGGCAGCCCUGAGGCCUCUGGAGCGCUUGGUGGCCGCGUGUGAGGAAGCCACCGCGUUCCCCCAGGAGCUGCAGCGCCUGCUCAGGGACAUCGAGACCACCCUGAAGGGGACAAAGGAGGUGUCCUCCAAAGUCCCUGAGGAUUUGGUGGCCAAGGUGGCCGAGGCCGAGCGGCUGUGGGAGGCCAACGCCUGCCUGGCCAAGUAUCACCUACUGGGUACACUUCAAGACAUCAUUGGCUUCUAUUUCACCUGUGGGACCACCAGCCCCAGUGCCUGUGGGGUGGCUGAGCGGUGCCAAAGAGCCACUGAGGACAUCCCAAGGCUCCUUCAACCUCCAGAGAGUAUCCAAAACAUUACCAAGGUGUCCCCAGUGAGCAUGGAGCUCCAAGAGUUGUCCCCGGCACUGCUGCAGCCACAGGUCACUGUGGUGGCCAUCCUGGGUGAGCUGCUGGCCACCCUGCCCAGGCAGGAUGAGGAGAUGCUGCCCGUGUCCACAGUGAGACUGUACUGGGACCUGGUGGACUUCACUGAGAACCUCCGCGUCACCCUGUACUGCACAGAUGACACUUGGUGGCACCGCAAUGGCACUGACAAUGAUGAUGACCCUGCCACCUACAAUGAUGGUGACCCUCUCACCUCCCUCAGCCAGGCCUUGGCUGCCUACGAGAGCACCCCAUGGACCGCCUGGGACCGUGUGACAAUGGUGGCCAGCAAGUGGCAGGGGUCGGUGUCUGUGCUUGUGGAGAGGUGGGUCCAACUGGCCAGGAGGGCCACCAAGAUCACCAACACCUGCAAGGAGGUGGCCACUGAGGUGGCCGACAUGGUGGCCACUGCCUCUGCCCAGGCCAGGGAGCUGCAGGACGAGGCUCCCUGGAGGAGGGGGCCGAAGUGGUGGCCGGGCAUGGAGCCCAGGUGA